GAAGGAAAAAUUGAUUUUAUGCUGUAUUUACUUUGUGGUUAACCAACAUCUUCGACAGGUUGAUGUACUAUUGUGUUUGGAUUGCUUCAAUGAGGGAAGAUUUGUUGCCGGUCACUCUAGCCUUGAUUUUGUGAAGGUCAGUUAUACAAAUAAUUAUGGAGAUGCAGAUGGAGAUAAUUGGAGUGACCAGGAAACACUACUGCUUCUUGAGGGGAUGCAAAUGUACAACGAAAACUGGAAUCAAAUUGCUGAGCAUGUUGGUACGAAGUCAAAAGCACAGUGCAUCCUUCAUUUUGUGCGUCUCCCUCUUGGUGGUUCUUCGCUGGAAAACAUAAAUAUUCUAAGCAUACCUGGUUCGUCAAUUGCACAGAGCCAAGAUAAUCAUGGAAUAUCACAUCCCCAUUCAAAUGGGUCCAGCUUGCAAGAUGGUGAUUUUGAAAAUAAAUUUCCUUUUGCCAAUUCCGGAAACCCUGUUUUGAGCUUGGUAAAUAGUUUCUCCCUUAUUCAUGCUUAAGCAAUUUGUAUAUAACUCC